UGGUGUUAGCGGAUGAGAGAUGUAACUAAAGAUCGCUAUUUUACUCCAUUGGGCAUUCCCUUUGUUGGAGGGUGGAAUCAAGAUUACCUCAAAAACGUCGCAUUUGUUCUUUUAUCGAAUCGAUUCCAAAAGGGAAAAUCCAAAGCUGAAUUUGGUGCGGAGAACAAAAUGGCAAGCGUGUCUUCACCUAAGAACCAGGUGGAUGAUCACGGAAAACCUGAGUGUAGCAAUGGUCUUGAUCAUCUGGACAGCACGCAGUGCAUUGAGAGGUUCAGAAAAUAUGAUGCUGAAUACACUCAACGUUUGUUGGCAAAAUAUUUCACUACAAAAAGCUCUUAUGGAGGCAACAUGUUUGAUGAGCAAAUAACAAUAGAUGAUGAAAUUAUAAAGGCAAGCAGGUUGACUUGUUUGAGGACAUAUGUUGAUCCGGUAGUAGGUUUUGAAGACCAAGGCAGCAAUGGAUCAACUCCACCAGCAGACACACAGGCCAACAUUCCCAAUGGGAAACACGUGGUAAAGAAGAACAACUGAAGUAAUGUGCGGCCUUGCGAAAGCAUCAAUGCAUAUGCUGUUGUAGAGAAAUUAACGCAAAUCAUGCCGUUAGUACCAGGAAUUCUGGAAUUUAUGAGUGGAGAUGCUCAUGGCCUCAACCGUAAAUUUUUCCAAUGGAUUUCCUGGUCAUAGUUUUUCUGAGGUUCUAGUGAUGUGUAAAAUGACCUGAAAACCAUCAAUUAUUAAUUUAAUGUACGAGUAAAACUUUCAAAAUUUCCGUUUAAUAGAACUGAUUUCAGAU